AUGUCUUCCGCGCAUCGACCGACAUGGGAGCCUGCCCAAGGCAAGACGGACGUGGCUCAUUUAUCCCAUAUGCGGUCAAAGCAUGAUACUGCUUCGCAGAUGCAUCUCAAGUUCCGAAGACCGGGCGAUGCACAGCGGCGAUCUCUGCAGGAAAUGAAGGAGGAGCUCACUGUGGGGGAAAAACGCGCGCGAAUGGAGAGAGAUCCUGAGCUGGCUGAGGAGGAGGAGGAGGAAGAUGCCAAGCGACGCAAAAUGCUGCAGGAUGCGCAUGACCUUGAUGCCGAUGCCGAUGAGGAGCAGUUGCAAGAGAGCGCAAAAGCGAGCGACGACGACCAGGACGAUGACGCAGAGGACUCGGAAAACGAGGAAUCCGAUGAAGAAGACGAUACAGAGAUGCUUAUGCGUGAGCUUGAGAAAAUCAAGCAGGAGCGUAGGGAAGAACAGGAGCGGCGCGAGCUGCACCACGCCGCACAAUAUGAACUGUCGCGAGAAGAGGAAAUCGCGCGAGGGAAUCCUCUUUUGAAUCUAGAGAGUGCAUUGCAUGGCGCGAAGCCCAGUACUGCACCAGCACCUACAGAAAAGCGCUGGGACGAAGACUUAAUUUUCCGAAAUCAGGCCGCGGGUGCCGCUGAUUUGAGCGUGAGCAAGCGUGGGUUUGUCAAUGACUUGACGCGCACGGAAUUCCAUAAAAAGUUUAUGAGUCGCUAUAUCAACAUGGGCCGCUACGCAGUUCUCGUCACCGUUUCGCAUGCACUUAGCCUCGGCCGGACGAUGCAUUUGUUCAAUCUGGACCCCGCCGCGGAGCAUUUUGAAUACGAGCCAUCCAUCGAUAUCCGUGAGCUAAUCUCGCUAGAUGACGUGAUGGAGGAGAUGGAUCUUGGACCGAAUGGCGGUCUUGUAUAUUGUUUCGACUAUCUGUUGAACAACCUUGACUGGCUCGAAAGCGAACUUGGCAGUUACGACAACGAUUUCUUGCUAAUUGACUGCCCCGGUCAAAUUGAGUUGUACACGCACUUUCCUGUUAUGACGCGGUUUGUCGAAGUGAUGCAGCAGCAAUUCAACUUUCGUGUAUGCGCAAAUUACUUGCUUGAUUCUCAUUUCAUGGACGACAAGCCCAAGUACUUUGCUGGGGUCCUUAGUGCGAUGAGCACAAUGAUCAACUUGGACGUACCGCACUUGAACAUCAUGACAAAGAUGGACCUCGUGUACCGCACGAAUGACAAGGAUGGUCCCAAAUAUUUGCUGCGCAAGGAGAUGGAACGGUACAUACAUCCGGACCCACUGUUGAUGGCUGAUUUGGGCUACGAAAUGUCCAAUCCAAAAUUUCACGCCCUGAACGAAGCUAUUGUAAAUUUGAUUGACGAUUACAGUAUGGUCUCUUUCUUGCCUUUAGAUCUCACGAGUGAAGACAGUAUUGCCGUCGUGCUUUCCUGCAUUGACAACGUCGUCCAGUAUGGGGAGGACGAAGAGCCCAUGGAGCCCAAGGACAUGGAUACGGAACAAUAA